AUGAGGAACGUUCAAGCUUCUAAACAGGUCGUUACAGAUAUGUCCAUGCUUAGGUUUCAUGUCGCAAACCCUAAAAACGUUUCUCACUUGUUCCUUACCCUCCUGGAAGAUUAUGGAGUCGAGUGGUGGCAGCUGGAAGUCGAACAGAAGCAGCAGCGGCGGAGCAAUGGUGGUGAUGGACGGGUAAAAGCGUUACAACCGUCGCUGUUUAGGAAAAGAAGAUUUAUGAAAAAAAAUUAUAUUGUCUACAAGGGUUAUGAACCUCCAAAGUGGUUUAAAGGUUGUUUCCAUUCUCUAAACAAAGUUAGUGUCUCUUUGUCCUUAUGUGAGACAUACAAGAAGUAUGACGAGGAAGAUGCUCGUGAGACUAUUAACAUGCUUCAACAGCUCCAGAGUGCCAAAUUUCUUACGCUUAACUUUGACAUUGUUGAGUGCCUUUCCGCAUAUCCAGAUUUGGUGUCACACCUUCCUUCACCUUUUAGCAACUUGAUUUGCUUAAAAAUAGACCCCUACAUGAGGUCUGAUGCAUACAAAGUAAACGUGUCUACCGAAGCUAUAAACUUCUUGCUUGAGAACUCUCCAAGAGCCAUGUUCAUCAUGGAUAUACCUGAGGAACCACCUACAAAAGCAAUGAUUGCGAAACGGGCUAGGGAGAUGAAAAGAGCCAAACUGAUUGCAGAUAUUGAGAAUUGUAUUACAGGAUUGCAAGCAUUACUAGAACAGGGAAAUUCAGUGCUUGUUGAGAGAAAGAAAGCACAGGAAAAGACCAAAGUAGCAAUUCAGAACAUUAUUCUAGAAUUAACAGUAUGGGCAAAUAAAAAGAUAAUGGGAAGUGAGCCUGAGAAACCAAAGGAAUUUGCUGAGAGUCGGGAGGUAGCGUCUGGACUGAUGACACAAUUUGAGGCCCGUUUGAGAGAGAUGCAGGAUCUGGGUGAGCAAAAUUUACACGGCUCUGUAGACAUUCUUACAAAGAAGGGACGGGUCAUAUUAUUAUUUAAAAACUUGCCUAAGAGACAGAGGAUGCACAUAACUUUUUAA